CCUGCGCCUCGCAGGCAGCAGUAUCGCCGCUGCCCGCGGGUCCCAGGUCCUGUGAAGAGGCACCCCCCCUCCCUGCCCCCGCCGCCGGUGUCAUGGCUGGCUACAGCGGUGCCGCCGCCACCUCCACCAGCAGCAGCAGCAGCAGCAGCAGCAGUAAAAGAAGCAGCCCCUGCAUUGUGAUUGGAGAUGAUGAACAAGGUUAUGACCUAGAUUUGUUCUGUAUACCAAAACAUUAUGCGGAUGAUUUGGAAAAAGUCUACAUUCCUCAUGGACUUAUUAUGGACAGGACAGAGAGGUUGGCACGCGAAAUUAUGAAGGGCAUGGGAGGACAUCACAUUGUAGCACUGUGUGUACUUAAGGGGGGCUACAAGUUCUUUGCUGACUUGCUGGAUUACAUCAAAGCUCUGAACCGAAACAGUGACAAGUCCAUUCCUAUGACAGUAGACUUCAUCAGGUUGAAAAGCUAUUGUAAUGACCAGUCAACUGGUGAUAUAAAAGUAAUUGGUGGUGAUGACCUCUCGACCUUAACUGGGAAGAAUGUCUUGAUUGUAGAAGAUAUAAUUGACACUGGUAAAACAAUGAAGACCCUUCUGUCUCUGCUCAAGCAGUACAAUCCAAAGAUGGUUAAGGUAGCCAGCUUAUUGGUCAAAAGAACACCUCGAAGUGUAGGAUACCGACCUGACUUUGUUGGAUUUGAAGUGCCAGACAAGUUUGUUGUGGGAUAUGCUCUAGAUUAUAACGAAUACUUCAGAGAUUUGAAUCACAUUUGUGUGAUAAGUGAAACCGGGAAACAGAAAUACAAGGCAUGACAGUGCUGUUUCAAGUGCAAGAGCUACAGGACUUUGAAGCAUAUAUCCACAGCGCCCAUCUUCCACUGCCUUAGGCUCUGGUCACCAGCUUAAAAUUGUGGAGUGCUCUAGCCUUGUCAUUUGCUUGCUAUAACUUAUUGCAUGUACAGUAUGGGAACCUUGUCUUGUUGAUGUACAUUUGAAGAAAUGUCAGACAGUGCAAUUCUGCACUUUUUUUUUUUUAAUUUGCACUAUGAAUCCACUGAUCCUAGCUCCUCCCCAGUCCCUACUGGGGAUUUGCUGUGUGUUUCAACUCAAGUUUAACUCAGUCAUAAUUCUUCAUCUUCCUUCCAUUUAAACCUCCUCAGCCCGGAACUGAAAUAGUUAUAAGUACUGUAAAUGUAUAAGGCAUUUUAAGAUGGGAAAUCUAUAUUAGUAAUAUUUUUUUAAAAAAUAAGUAAUUUAAGUUUUAUAUUGUAAAGAAUGCAGGAACUGGGGUGAUUAUUGGAUAGCUGCUCUAGCAUGGAGGUGACAUGGGCUACAAAAAAAGAGAUACAAGUGGCCACUGUUGGUGACUUGUGUGCUCUCAAUGGAGGAUCGGUGAUCUGCUAAUGGCUUUUUCUGGAGUUACCUUACUGAGUGGAAAAUGCCAUUUUGACCUGAAAAGAGUGUGAGUGACAAAAUUGAAUGUUUAAGCAUUCCACUUAAUUUUCUACUGCCUGGAGGAUUGGUGGCCCAGUCCGCUGCAAACUUUGUCUCCUAAACCCCACAGAUGACAGGAAUCGUUCCAGGAUUGCACCUUAGUUUUCCUGUCCCUUGUUCGUCAGUUUAGCAGGGUUGUGUUUCACAUCUAACCAUUUUAAUGUAUUUUACAUCUACAGAAUACAAUUAUAAUGCUAACUUUAUGAAGUGCGCCAAAAACAAUGCACUUUUAGGUAAUGGCUAUCUCUCCAAAGGUAGCACUUACUCCAUCUGCUUAAACAUUUCUGGCACUUUUCACCAACAGUCGUCUCUUUUCUAUCCAUGGAAGCAAAAUCUUUGGGCCAGGCAGUGAUGCUGCUAAGAUCCAGUAUUUUAUUGUAGGUAAAACUAAUUACAAUACCAAGGAAAGACAGGUACAAUAGUUUCUGCUCAGAUAAGAUUUCAGUUUGUUGAAAAGCAGUCUGUUCUGCUCUGGCAAAAAUAAAUAGCAAAGAAGAACUGUUCAUUAAACACCCAUGUGUGGAAAAGCAAAAGAUGCUUUGCAAGUUAUGUCUUUAUUUUCCUUCCCUUGUUUUUAUAGAGAGGACUUUUUAAAUUAAU